CGUCCCCAAGACACGAUGGUGAAGUUUGGAGUCAACGGAUUUGGCCAUAUUGGGCACCUGGUCACCAGGGCUGCUUUUAACUCUGGCAAAGUGGGCAUUGUCACCAUCAAUGACCCCUUCAUUGACCUCAACUACAUGGUCUACAUGUUCCAGUAUGAUUCCACCCAAAGCAAAUUCCAUGGCACAGUCAAGGCUGAGAAUGGGAAACGUGUCAUCCAUGGAAAGCCCAUCACCAUCUUCCAGGAGCGAGAUCCCGCCAACAUCAAAUGGGGUGAUGCUGGUGCUGAGUAUGUUGUGGAGUCCACUGGGGUCUUGGCCUCCAUGGAGAAGGCUGGGGCUCACUUGAGGGGUGGGGCCAAGAGGGUCAUCAUCUCUGCCCCUUCUGCUGAUGCCCCCAUGUUUGUGAUGGGCGUGAACCAUGAGCAGUAUGACAACUCCCUCAAGAUUGUCAGCAAUGCCUCCUGCGCCACCACCUGCCUGGCCCUUCUGGCCAAGGUCAUCCAUGAACACUUUGGCAUAGUGGAGGGACUCAUGACCACAGUCCAGGUCAUCACCGCCACCCAGAAGAUGGAUGGCCCCUCUGGGAAGCUGUGGCGUGAUGGCCGAGGGGCUGCCCAGAACAUCAUUCCUGUUUCUACUGGUGCUGCCAAGGCUGUGGGCAAGGUCAUCCCUGAGCUGAAUGGGAAGCUCAUUGGCAUGGCCUUCUGUGUCCCCACCCCCAAUGUGUCCAUCGUGGAUCUGACCUGCUUCCUGGAGAAAGCUGCCAAAUACGAAGACAUCAAGAAGGUGGUGAAGCAGGCAUCAGAGGGCCCCCUCAAGGGCAUCCUGGGCUAUGCUGAGGACCAGGUCAUCUCCUGCGACUUUAACAGUGACACCCACUCUUCCACCUUUGACGCUGGGGCUGACAUUGUGCUCAGUGACCACUUUGUCAAGCUCAUUUCCUGGUAUGACAAUGAAUUUGGCUACAGCAACCAGGUGGUGGAUCUUAUGGUCCACAUGGCCUCCAAGGAGUAAAAG